UUUGAGAGAGGAAGAGAGGCCUUACAUGAAGAUAAGAGUCUUGUUUGGUAGCCAAGGAUGACUUGCCUGCUACCACCCAAGGUGUGUGUUUGUGUGUGCUUUGAAGCCUUGUUUGGUUCCCAGGCAGUCAACUUGGCUAGUCUGACAGGUCUGAAGCUAUGGCACAGUACGGUGACCAGUACAACAAACCAGGUCGCCUAAUCGACGAAUUCGGAGACCAGCACGCCGGACAACAAGGCCGCCCAACCGACGAAUAUCAAGACCCCUACUACGACAGACCCGGCCUCCAAUGUGAAGAUAUUCAGUACAAAGCUACUGGCACCACCGGAGCCUACACCACCGCCACCGGAACAACCGGCACUACCGGUGCAUACGGAGCAGCCACCGGGAGGACCUACGUUCCUGGCACCAGAAUAUCUGGUCCUACUGGUGCAUAUGAUGCUGGUCUAGGCGGAGGAGCACAUGAUACCGGCGCUAGGGGUGCAUAUGAUCCUACGGCUAUGUAUGAAAGUACUACAGGUGGAGCGUUCGACACCGGAGCAACUGGCGCCACUGGCAUUUAUGGUGGUCCCGGAGGUGACACUAGAGCAGCAACCGGUCCGGGCACACAUGGCACCGGAGCUGGCACGAGGGCAGCUGGUACGGGCACCGGACAAAGAGGCACUGAGGAGGACCCACGCUUCGGUGGUGAGCACCGGAGAAGAAAUGAUAUGUGAUGCUAGGAAGGUUGGAGUGGGCAACUUUAGGUGUCUUUGAUAUAUGUAGUAGUUUAUAUGUAUGUCUUGUGUUGGGUUUAAAUAUAUAUAUAUAUAUAAUAUAAUAUAUAGUUUAUAUGUGUGUAUAUAUAUGUAUGCUUGUUUCUAGGUGAAAGGAGUGAGCAGUCUGGGGUGUUACGUGAAAAUAUGGAGUCUAAUGAAUAAGCAUCGCUAAGUUUUAUGUUUGCGGUGGUUUAUACAGUGUAUUAUAAAGUGUUAUGGGUUUAUAUAUAGUUUGUGAUAUGAAGUGUUAUUUGUUCUUUUGAGUACUACAUAAA